AUGGGGAAGGCGCGGGAGAAGGUAGCAGAUUUGGCGCCUCAGGUCGGAAUCGUCGGUUUUGGGUCGCAGUUUUGGAGACACUGGAUUGGCCCGAUCAUAUGUACAAGUCGGUUCAGUGAAGCGACGGUUCCGAGCCGGCUCAUGAACCGUCGGUUCCAGUUGUUCAAAUUUUUUUAUAUGAUUGAACCGAAACUGGCCUGGGUAAAACCACAGUUUAAGACCCAUGGUCAAUGGGUUGGUUCAGCCCGUAGUCAUGUCUAUGUGGCAAAGCACGAGUUCGUCUUCAUGAAUAAGGAGCCUGAAAAUGAAAAAUAUAGGGUAACAAAAGAAGUCGGGAGGACCGAAAGAAGCCCAAACAUCCUCCCCGGAAGUGGAGGGUGA